AUGCCCUUAUUCAACUGCAGUUCUCCUGAAAUUAAAGAAUACAUUCAACAAAAUGAACUUCUUACCGUUCCUCAAAUUUAUCAUAAUAUAAAAGUUUCAGGUCUUAAUGAAUAUAUUCACGCUACGCAACAGCAAAUCUACUACUGGUGUAAACGUUUAGGGGUUGAUGAGUAUAAAAUGGCCGAGGAUCAAGUAGAAUCAACAAUCAAAUACCUUUCCCAACAAUCUAAUUUUAACAUAAUUAUUCAGCAACCUACAAUAAUUGCUUUUACAACUCCUUUAAUUGAUAUUUUUCCAAAAGAUCGAAUUAAUACAAUCCGUCAAGAAUAUUAUCCAUUUCUGCGAUUUACUGAGAAAUACAAUAAUCAAUUUGAAGACCUACCAGAAAAUCUUUUUCUUUUAGUUUUAAACAAACCCGCAAUUAACUAUAUAUCAAAUCAACAUAAUACUGUGAAUGAAAGAAUUCCAAAUGCCUCUUUAAUUCAAGAAAAUACACUAUCUCAAGACGAUACGCAGUUCCAAGAUGAUGAUACAUUACCCGAUGAUGAUAUAUUACCCAAUGAUGAUAUGCUAUUCCAAGACGACGAAUUGCCUCCAAUGAAUAUGUUACCUCAAGACAAUAU